CGCAGAUAUUCGUGAUCCGGUGCUACAGUGAUUCCAGUUGUUUUCACAUCCCCUCACUAACAAAGAGAGCCAGCGCUGCUGUCUUACAUCUCUCAGUUCAUGUGGAGAGUGAUGCGCAUCUGACGACCGACGCUCUUUUGUUGAAAGAGAAGAAACGCAAUUCUGAAAUACACCUUGCUCUUCAGAAGUACUGGGAUAUCUGGAAAAAACUUCAGACAGGCUUGAUUUAACGCAAAGUGAGAAAAUGGUGUCGGCUGGAUUGGAGAUCUUGGGACUGUCGCUGUGCGUAAUUGGCUCGCUCCUGGUGAUGGUUGCAUGCGGGCUGCCCAUGUGGAAAGUGACGGCUUUCAUCGAAGCCAACAUCGUGGUGGCUCAGACGAUCUGGGACGGCUUGUGGAUGUCGUGUGUGGUGCAGAGCACGGGCCAGAUGCAAUGCAAGGUGCACGACUCGGUCCUCGCUCUCAGCCACGACCUGCAGGCGGCCAGGGCGCUCACCAUCAUCUCCUCCGUGAUGGGCGUGCUGGGUCUCAUGGUCGUGAUCGCGGGCGCUCAGUGCACCAACUGCAUCCGCGCCGAGUACGUGAAAGCCCGAGUGGUGAACGCCGGAGGGAUCAUCUACAUCAUCAGCGGCCUCUUCGUGCUGGUGCCUCUCUGCUGGAUGGCCAACAACAUCAUAUCGGACUUCUACAACCCACAGGUGCCCGCAUCCAAGAAGAGAGAGAUCGGCGCAGCGCUGUACAUCGGCUGGGCGGCCACGGCGCUGCUGCUGAUCGGGGGCGCAUUGCUGUGCUGCUCCUGUCCCUCCAGCGGGAACUCGGGAUACUCGGUAAAAUACGCACCGACCAAGAGAGCCUCGCAGAACGGGGACUAUGACAAGAGGAAUUAUGUGUAGCGCCGCGUCUCGUGGCGGACGGUGCGUAAAAGUGACCCUCAGCUUUUGAAAAGAAAAAAAAAC